CAGAUGGGAACCUCGAGGGGCUGCUCUCGGCAUGGGGGAGCCGGAGCCAGAGCAGAUCCGUCUGAAGUGUGUCCGUAAAGAAGGCUUCUUCACGGUGCCUCCGGAGCACAGGCUGGGACGGUGCCGGAGCGUGAAGGAGUUUGAGAAGCUGAAUCGCAUUGGGGAAGGCACCUAUGGCAUUGUAUAUCGGGCGCGGGAUACCCACACAGAUGAGAUUGUCGCCCUGAAGAAAGUGCGGAUGGACAAGGAAAAGGAUGGGGUCCCCAUCAGCAGUCUUCGAGAGAUCACACUGCUGCUUCGCCUCCGCCAUCCCAACAUUGUGGAGCUGAAGGAGGUGGUUGUGGGGAACCACCUGGAGAGCAUCUUCCUGGUGAUGGGCUACUGUGAGCAAGACCUGGCCAGCCUUCUGGAGAACAUGCCAACACCCUUCUCUGAGGCCCAGGUCAAGUGCAUCGUGCUGCAGGUGCUCCGGGGCCUCCAGUACCUGCACCGGAACUUCAUCAUCCACAGGGAUCUGAAGGUUUCUAACUUGCUCAUGACAGAUAAGGGCUGCGUGAAGACAGCGGAUUUUGGUCUGGCCCGGGCCUAUGGCAUCCCAGUGAAGCCAAUGACUCCCAAGGUGGUCACACUCUGGUACCGAGCCCCUGAACUGCUGCUGGGAACCACCACGCAGACCACCAGCAUCGACAUGUGGGCGGUGGGCUGCAUCCUGGCUGAACUGCUGGCCCAUAAGCCCCUUCUCCCCGGCACUUCCGAGAUCCACCAGGUGGACCUGAUCGUGCAGCUGCUGGGGACCCCCAGUGAGAACAUCUGGCCGGGCUUCUCUCAGCUGCCGCUGGCCAGCCAGUACAGCCUGCGGAAGCAGCCCUACAACAACCUGAAACAUAAGUUCCCGUGGCUCUCGGAGGCCGGCCUGCGCCUGAUGAACCUCCUCUUCAUGUACGACCCUAAGAAAAGGGCUACAGCCGGUGACUGCCUGGAGAGCUCCUACUUCAAGGAGAAGCCCCUGCCGUGCGAGCCGGAGCUCAUGCCCACCUUCCCCCACCACCGUAACAAGCGUGCCACCCCAGCCACAUCCUUGGGCACUGAGAGCCAGAGCCGGCGCUGCAGACCCUGAUGGGUGGAGGCACUCCAGCUGAGUAUGCUGCCUCCUGUGCCCCUGCCCACCUCUGCCCCGGGACAGCAGAGUGUGGACCUUGGGGGUGAUGCCAGUGGUACACUCUGAGGGCCCAGCCACCCAGAGGCCGGCCCACUGGACUGUGACGCCACGCUGUGGCUGGGCUGGGUCCCACCUGUGGCCAGGCUUCAGAUCCUUGGUUCCCAGGAGGAAAUCUGGCUGAGCCCGUCUUUAACGGGUGUUGCUGGCUUGGGACAAGCAGACCUCAGACCUCGUAUGGUCACUUUUGUCCCCAGUUGCUCCCCAGGAUCUGCCUGGAAUGGAGAGGCCAAGGUGACCCCCCUGGUGGGGCUGGGGGGACUCGGAGAGGGGAGGAGGGAUGGAGAUGUAGACUGAGUCUGAGCUGCUCUGAGACCCUUAGAGUGAGAACCUUGCGUUGUGCCCUGUGCCCACUCCCCCCUUCUGAGGCCCAUGGG